GAAAUAAAGAUAUUACUCUUAGGGUUAAGAGAAUGAAACAGUGAGAGGCGGGAUCAGUUGAAAGUCGCCAUGAAAAGGGUCAAGAGGUCCAAGAAACGAGACGAAAGGAAUGAUGAUGUAAACGAUCCGUUUAUCAUCAUUCCUACGGAACUGAAAGUAGAGAUUCUCAUGAAACUGCCGCCGAGAUCCAUAGCCAGGCUCCGUUUCGCUUCUAAACACUUGUCAUCGAUCAUCCUCGGCAAAGAGUUCACCGAGUUGUACAUGACUCGAUCUUCGACUCAACCGCGUCAUCUCGUCUCAGUGCACCGUGGCAGCGACAUGCAGCUCUUUCACUCCUUCUCUCAGGAGGAGCAUCCGUCGGCUUCUAAUGAUCAUGACAAGGUUAGUUAUACACUGGAUCCGGAUGUACGGUAUGUUUUCACUCCACCUGUCCGCGGCUUGAUCUGCGGUCGGAACGGUAUCAAGAUGAUGAUUGGAAACCCUAGUACGGGUCAGUUCGUAUCGUUACCUAGAGUCAAAACGAGGAAAAAAGACAUUUUAUCUAUUUUUGGAUAUGAUCCGGUUAAUGAUGUAUACAAAGUGUUGUGCCUGACGGUAAUAACUCGACGUGGUAAUAUAGCUCGUGGUAUUAUAUCCCGUGAUUAUUUCUUGGAGGAUGUUAUGGCGUGGGAGGCUGUUAUGUCCGAGGAGCAUCAAGUUAUCACUCUAGGAGCUAAACAAAAAUGGAGAAUGAUCAAGUGUAAGUAUCCACAUCGUCAUUAUUCUGGAUACCAUGGGAUAUGCAGGGACGGUGCUCUGUAUUAUUUAACUUCUUACAAACAAAAGCGAUCUCUAAUGUGCUUUGAUCUGAGUUCUGAAGAGUUUAAUGUUACUAAGCUACCCGACGACUACAGUCUUCAAGAGUUUGGUAAUCUGGUGAAUCACAGUGGAAAGAUAACCAUAGCCGUCCAGGCCUAUGAUGGACCAAUUGACCUAUGGGUUCAGGAUGAUGUCAACAAAGAAGUAUGGUCAAAAACUGCUUCCGUGGUUCCUUCUAUGAAUGAGAUAUUUGGGGGAGAUCAACGUUUCAUGUUCAGGGGUAUACUUCCUAGUGGCGAGGUCAUAUUCAAACCGCUCCCGUCCCCUAACCCAUUCUUUUUUAUUUGUUACGAUCCCAAGGAGAAAAAAGUUAGACAAGUUGAGGUCGAUGGAAUACGAGAUGACUCUGCUGCUAUCCAAGUCUAUUUCGAUCAUGUUGAGAGUUGUAUGGUUCUGUGAAAGGUUUGUUGAUCCGUC